ACCCCGCAUGACAUCAGCACCUUUGUUUACUUCCCAUGCGCAGCCCGCUCUCCAUAUUAGCAAUUAGCAUCAGGCGCCUGCUGGGUUUGCUGUUGAUCUAACAGGGAGUUUGAUUUCAUCGUGUGGUUAGUUUUCUGAAUCAGAAGUAUGUCGGUGAAAGGACCUGGACCUGGAGAGGACUCCACAGACGCAAAGAGUGUCGAUGGACAACAGUCCGAGUCGUCUUUGUCUGCGUCUGCCUCCAUGGAUGUGGAUGCCAAGCCCAACGCCCACAGCUUUAGAUACAGUCUGAGUUUCCCCAGCAUCGGCCAGUGCAUCAUCAUCAACAACAAGAACUUUGACAAGAGAACAGGCAUGAAUCAACGAAACGGUACAGAUGUAGAUGCAGCCAACGCGAUGAAAGUGUUUGGGAAGUUGGGUUAUAAAGCGAAGGUUUACAACGACCAGUCAGUCGAGCAGAUGAAGCAGGUUUUAACUUCUGUGUCAAAGGAAGAUCACAGCUGCUACGCCUCAUUCGUCUGCGUGCUGUUGAGUCAUGGCGAUGAGGGCGUGUUCUUUGGUACGGAUGGAUCAGUAGAGCUCAAGUAUCUGACGUCACUUUUUCGAGGCGAUCGCUGCAAAUCACUGGUGGGAAAGCCCAAACUCUUCUUCAUCCAGGCUUGCAGAGGCACUGAUCUGGAUGCAGGCAUUGAAGCAGACAGCCCAGAAGACGGCACUACGAAGAUCCCUGUAGAAGCUGACUUCCUGUAUGCCUUCUCCACAGCCCCAGGCUACUACUCCUGGAGGAACACGAUGACCGGGUCCUGGUUCAUGCAGUCACUUUGUGACAUGAUCAGCAAAUAUGGGAAAGAGCUGGAGCUCCAGCACAUCAUGACGCGAGUAAACCACAAGGUGGCAGUAGAGUUUGAGUCUGUUUCCUAUUCACCAGGUUUUAAUGCAAGGAAACAAAUCCCAUGCAUUGUGUCAAUGCUGACCAAAGAGAUGUAUUUUUCUCCUUGAUGUCGUCUUCACAUCAGAAGCCUUCAUCUGAAGGAAGAUGAGGAUGUGUAUGAGGUUUGUGAAUCAUUUUAGUUUAAACUGUCUGACUCAUCCAAGCUCAGCGUAGAAUGGAUGGGAUGCAAAGUCAUAUUUCACAAGCUUGGCAUUAUGAGGUCAUUUCUGAUAUUUGAGGCAUUAUAUUUGUCCCUGCAGGAAAACUAUUUCUGUAUUCUCUUUUUAAACGUUUAAUCUAAAACGAUGCCGCUGUAAAACGCAUAAUAAUACACAUUGAAAAAUCAUACAUUCUAAGAUGAAAUGUAAUUUGGUCUUGUUCUUCCAAGCUCACAGUUUUCUACCAGUAAAUGCCUCUUUGCUGUUUACACUAUACACAUUUCAGGGGAACCUAUUGGGAGCCAGUUAGAUAGAAGUUUGAACUUCUAUUUGUUUAAUCAUGAAACUAGAGAUGGGCUUACUGCCCUCCAGCGUCAACAUUUCUAUGAGUCAGCAGUUUAUUUGAACUUUAACGUGUCUAAGCAAAGACGGUAGUCUGUUAUGAAGGGAUCAUGUCUCAUUUAUGUGCCUAGUAUUUCUUUUCUUUACAUUCUUUAUUAUUUUCAUCGUUUGAGUCCGUGUGGUGACAUCUGACAUGAAGGCUCCACAAACUAAAAUAAUCAUUCUCUGAAAUAUUCCCUGAUUAUUUGUGUGAAGCCUAAAUGCAUGCUGCACUCAGACGGUACAUUAAAGGAUCAUGUUGUUUAGCAAAUUCAGGAACAUCCAUUAAUCCAUCAUGUGUUGGUUUAAAGCUCAGGAUUUCAUUUUUAACGUUUGUCAUUUUUUAAAUAUGGAUUUCUUUAUUUUUAUGAAUGUGAAUGUCUUUAAAUGAGUCAGUCUCUGGCUUCAUAGCAUGCAUGAGUCAAGCCAGCCCACUUCCACGAUGCUUACAUUUGAGGCACAUUUACAUGCUUGGACACAAGUUUACAUUUCAUGUCGGGCAGUAGUUCAUGUAUUCUUUUUGUGUUUUUGAAGAUAUGCAAAUAGGAUACCUUUCCACUUUGCUUUAAUAGUUAGUCAUUAACUUCUUUAAAAAAGAAAUUCAGUGGACCGUUGUGGAACUGUCAGUCUACUUUCACUCAGCAUUGAGUGAUUUAUAACGGACAACACAAUUAGCUUGUGUUCUGAUCCUGGUGCUGGUCAUUGAGUAAAUCUUUCAAUAUGUACAGCAAGCUAGCUGAAAUCACUUUAGCUGUUUAAAAUAUUUCACAUUUUGACAAUCCAGUUUUUUAUUCCUAUCACUAUAGUACCCUUGGUGCCAGGGAUGUCACUGUUUGGCUUUUCUUUUAUCACUAUUUUAUAAGCAGUGUGAGUUUGGUGUAAUGUUUUUCCUGAAAAAUAAAAACCACUUUUCAUUGUU